UAGAAUUCGACAACUCGUUACGGCUCCUGCGCAACGGAGAGGGCAACGCAGGACGCCUAUACUACACGUGCGGCUGUGUGCGCAGAUUGCGUACCGCGCCACAAUAGAUAUUCACCAUUUCACCAGAAUAGGCCGGUAGUUCUCGUUGAACCGCGCCACGAACAGCACGGCACGGCGUGGCAACGCGGCCGCUUAUUUGUUCACCCCAUCCCCAACAGGAUCUCCAGCCGAAACUCACACCUGCAAAAAACACACACAGUUGGACCUUAACCCGACAGCUCCUCCUCGAGCAGCAGUUGACGAGAGCCGUCGACCGAUCAGCGCAACACAAGAGCUCAGUACCGCCACGCAAUCCGACCCGGGAUGGAGUUCUACGAGCCCGCUCCGCUAGCGCUGGGCUACGGUAAUGGUACCCGCGAAUGGUUUGUGGACCGCUGGGACGCACUGCUAGACACGAUCGGAGAUGACCAGGAAACGCUGUACGUGUGGGUGUUAACGUUCUACACCAACGCCAUCUACUGGAUACUGGGCGGGCUGUUCGUGGUGAUGGAUCUGACCGAGUGGCCCAAGUUUAUGCGCAAGUACAAAAACCAGCCCGGCAUGAACGAGCCGCUGGAUUGGGAAAAGUUCAAAAAGCUGGUGAAAACGCUACUGUUCAACCAAACCGUCGUCGGUAUCCCGACGGCCUACAUUGCGUUCAAUCUCAGCCGAAACGGUGUGCCACCGCCGCGUGCCCUACCGUCGGCGUUCACGGUCGUGCGCGACUUUGCCGUCUGCAUCACGCUGUGGGAGAUCACGUUCUACUACAGCCACCGGUUGCUGCACUCGCGCUUCUUCUACAAGUACGUGCACAAGAAGCACCACGAGUGGACGUCCCCGGUGGCCCUGGCCGCCAUGUACGCGCACCCGUUCGAGUACGUCAUCAGCGACCUGCUGCCGGUGUUUGCCGGCCCGGCCGUCAUGAAGUGUCACGUGGCGACGACCGCCAUCUGGUUCGCGUUCGUCAUGGUGGACACGGUGCUGGAUCACUGCGGCUACCAUCUGCCGUUCCUUUCCAGCCCGGAAUCGCACGACUACCAUCAUCUCAAAUUCAACCAGUGCUUUGGGCUGUACGGAUGGAUGGAUUGGUUCCAUGGUACCGAUUCCGAGUUCCGGAAGAAGAAACAGUUCCAGCGGCAUCACCGGAUCGUCGGAUUCCAGUCAGCGCGAGAGCUAGUGCCGGACAAGGCGUGCCCCUCCACUACUGCUGGCACCCCGACGCGCAGCAGCUCCCCUACGAUGAACCAUUCGUUCGUCCCGCCCUGGAUGGCCACCGCCGGCGACGGUAACGUGUCGUUCGCGGGUGUCCACCAGCUUCCCGACAGCGAUAACGAUGGACCGCUCGUGCUGUGGUUCAACCAGACGUGGAACAGCUUGCUCGAUCGCAUCGGUGAUGACAACGUGACGCUCUACGUCGGAUUCCUGACCGUCUACACGUACUCCUUCUUCUGGCUGGUCGGUGGGCUGUUCGUGCUGAUGGACCUGACCAACUGGCCCGCCGCCCUGCGCAAGUACAAAAAUCAACCGGGCGCAAACGAACCGCUCGAGUGGAGCCGGUGCAAAUAUCUCAUCAAAGUGGUGCUGCGCAAUCAAUUCCUGUACGGCAUCCCGACGACCUACUUCGGAUUUGCGCUGCGCAAGCUUGUCUUUUUCGAGCCACCGAAUCCGCGCAUCCUGCCCACGCUGCCGAUCGUGUUUCGCGAUCUGCUGUUCUGCAUCGUGUUCUGGGAGAUUACGUUCUACUACAGCCACCGGUUGCUACACUCGAGCUACUUCUACAAGCGCGUGCACAAGAAGCACCACCAAUGGUCGGCCCCGGUCGCCUGGGCGGCUAUGUACGCCCAUCCGUUCGAGUUCAUCAUCAGCGAUCUGCUGCCGGUGUACGUUGGGCCGGCCAUUAUGAGCAGCCACGUGCUUACGUUUGUGGUGUGGUUCACGUUCGUCAUGAUGGACACGCUGGUGGACCACUCCGGGUAUCAUCUGCCGGUGCUGGGCAGCUCCGAGAUGCACGACUACCAUCAUCUCAAGUAA